GUCUGGCUGGCCAGCUGCUCCUGCUCAGAGUUCCACCCCACACUGCUGCAAAUUCCACUUGCACUGGGCCGGCUGGCUGAAGUCUGUCACCUGACGUUCCUCUGCUUCAUUGCAACACAUGGCAGAACCAGUGCUUCUCUAAUCUGAGCCACCUCCACCCCUGACGUCAUCCAGGUGCACUGACCUGGUUCUCUUUCUGCCACCUGAGUUUCGCUUCCUAGUCAGCUGAUGCCCCCGCCCAGCCCAGGCCGAGCCCUGGCCCUUGUUAUAAAGUCCAAGGCAGGCUAGGAGUGUGCAAGCCAAGAGCAGAAUUCUUGCCAGAGGCAGCCGACAGGUAAGAGCGCCGAUCUGUUUUGUGUGUGGAAGGGGGAAGGGAGAGCAAAGGCAUCUAUUUGGAUAAAAUCUACGCUCCCACCUUGGAUUGUAAAACCCAGACAACUGUUUGGAAAGGUUUCUAAAGCGGCUUUGCAUCUGCCACCCUGAAUUUGCAAAGAGGGUGGUUUUCCUUGCUGCUCUCCAGAUUUUGCUGGAGUUGGGAGAGCCACUGAUUCCCUGCUCCGGACGCUGCUUGUGGUUGCUGUUAAUUAGCCGCCAGUUAGUUAAUAAGCGCUCUCUUUCCAGCAUUUUGUGUUCUCCUGGACUCCCUCACCAGGGACUUUCUCCUUGCAGUCCCAGGAUGUUCAACUUUUACGAACUUCUGUUAGAAGCUGAUUUUGCAAACCUGCAAGGUGGCUGCCGAUGUCCUGACCGUAUUUAGUGAAUCUCUUAAAGUUAUUUUGGAGGAGGAUUCUUGAGGACAAAAGAGGGGUUUGACACUACUGUCUUAAAACCCUUUCGUGACAUUUUGUUACGUAAGAUCAAGGAGUUUACGCAGGAAGAUAUGGAAAUGGUUCUCAUCUUGGCAGUAAUUAAGAAAUGAAUUAAGAAAGGAAGAAUCUGCUCUAAGUGGAUUGGGUGUUGAUAUGAGAGUCGACAUAUUUGUGUAUCAGAGUAGACCCACUGAUAUUAAUAAACCUAAGUUACCCAUCACCAUUUUCUUCAACUCUGAGUAGGAUGAGCCUUGAAUACGCAUUGAUUUUAAAGUGUUCCAUUUUUAUAAUGUGUUGGAAUAUUAAGCUGCAAGACUAUGUACGACAACAGAAGAUAUUUGGAAUUAUUGCAGAUGCGAUAAAUUUGUUUACAUUGUAUUCUUAAAGCAUUAUUAUUGAACAUUUUGAAACCUGAUGAUAGUUUUACUACAUUUGGUUUAACAUUAAGCGAUCUAUUUUUUUGGGUAAGUUUGUUCUCAGAAUAAAGGCUCAAUUUUUUAUUUUUAAAAAACACAGAAUAUUGGGCUACACGAGUUGUAGGAUUCCUUCAAGAAUGCAAUUCUUCUUCUUUAAUAAAUAUAGUUUUAUUGAUUUCCAAUAUAUAACAAUUACAAAAGAGAGACAGAAAGGUGUAAAAACAAAAUCCCAAAGCAAUUCUUGUACUUAAGAAAACGAGAAAACUUUAUCACAAAUCAGAAGAAAAGAGCUAUGUGGUUGGGAAGCAGAGUGCUAUGUAAACUGGGGUCAGAGGUCAUGGUAAUCCUCAUAGUUUACCUUCCUGCUGGAGCGGUACCUAUUUAUCUACUUGCACUUUGACGUGCUUUUGAACUGCUAGGUGGGCAGGAGCAGGGACCGAGCAACGGGAGCUCACACCGUCACGGGGAUUCGAACCGCCGACCUUCUGAUCGGCAAGCCCUAGGCUCUGUGGUUUAACCCACAGCGCCACCCGCGUCCCAGUAUAUUAAUAGUGAAAUACAAUUAAGAAGAAGUAUAUUUUUUGGGGGGCCCCCAAGAGAGUGGGGCCCUAAGUUAUAGCUUGUUUAGCUUAUACGUAAAUCCGGCACUGGAUAUUCCCUCUUUGCCCUGGUUGUUGCAGUGAUGGCAUCCUGCUGGCUGUGGAGAACUGCCAGGCUGCAAAUCAAGUUCUUCCAAGAUCUAAUUUUAAAACCACCCACCCCUGUGGCACACAUGCCAAGUGGCGAAAUGCAAUCAUUGCAUUGUCCUGGAAGAUCCUGCAUUUUCCUAUGACUAACUUUUUAUGAUCCGGUGAUCACUCCUGUGUGUGAUGCAAGUAACCUGUGAUCCUGCCUCCCAUGGCAUCAAUUAGCCGGGCACGAUAACACCUAUCAAGUCAUCGUCAUGGGACAAUCUUUUUCAAGUGAUUGAGCAACUGCAUUGCAUAGUUCCCAACCGUUUUUUAGAAAAUAGCUGCCGCAUUAAUCUGUUAAGACAAUUAGAUGAAUCUGUUAAAGGAACUUCUAGCCAGUGACAAGUGUCACCGGGUACCUUUGGGUGAAGGGCUGGCGAUAAAUUUUAUAAUGAUAAUUAUCCUGAUUCAUAGAAUGGCAGUGGUUGGUUUGCUUUUAAUCCUUGUGUGUGUAUCCAAGUUCUUUUUAAAACCUGAGGGUCAAACUAGCAGGUGUGGAUUUAUUCAAAUCUGAUUGCAUAUGGCUACUCAAUUAAUAUACAGUCAUACCUCGGGUUACAACUGCUUUAGGUUGCGUUUUUUCAGGUUGCGGACCGCCGAAACCUGGAAGUACCGGAACGGGUUACUUCUGGGUUUCAGCGGCCGCGCAUGCGCAGAAGCGCAAAAUUGUGCUUUGCGCAUGCGCAGAAGCGCAGAAGCGCAACCUGCGCAGGCGCAGGCACAGGUUGCGAGUGCUGCGGGUUGCGAACGCGCAUCCCACACGGAUCACGUUCGCAACCCAAGCGUCCACUGUGUUUUUUAAAUUAAAAAAUCAGUGACUGUUCCCCCCACAAAGUGACAGUACCUCCCCAAAAGUAGAACAUUGAGGAAACACUGAUGUUCUCCUGCGUAUUCAGGAAGCCUCACCUUGGCAUCUUCCUCUGUGUGCUUCACCCCCCAGAAAGAAGCAGCAAACAUGGCGACGUUGUACCCAUCUCUCGAGGACAUGAAAGUGGACCACGUUCUGAAGGUGAGAGACCAGUCGGUCCUUCCCUUGGGCUUCCUGUUGCCCUUCCUUUCAUUUUUUGUUUUUAUUAUGUGUUUUGUGUUUUGAUUUUGCAUUUCUAUGCUGUAAACCACCCUGAGAUCCCUGGAUGAAGGGCGGCAUAACAAACAAAACAAGCAAACAAACAAACAAACACACCAGGCGGACAUCACUUCUGUUGCCUUUUCGCCACAUCUGCCUUAUUGCAGGGCAGAUUCGAGGGUAAACCAUACAUGGAAAGAGUCUGCCCCUGCGGCUUGAUGGAGGUAGAAACUGUCUCUCAUGCCUUGUUACGCUGCCGUUUCUACGGAGAUAUACCGUUGGUAUUCAUCACUCCUGAUAUACAAAAAUCUCCAAAUGGGUCCGAACUUCAAUGUCUAAAACUCCUGGUAGAGGACAAGGAUCUAGACAUCACGCCAAGGGUGGCCAAAUUCUGUGCAAUUGCCAUAAAACUCAGGGAACAAGCUGUACUACCAAAAUGAGUAAGGUUUUAAAUGACCAUUUUACGUUAUAUUUUAAUGAUCAAGAUUUAAUAUAUAUAUAUAUUUAACUGCCGCUAUAUCUGAAUUGUCUCUGUUAUACCCAGUUGCAAUUCAAUGUAUUCCUGUUGUGUUUUAUGAUUUUCCUGAUAUUGUAAGUGAGCCGGAACUGGUCUGUGACCAUAAUAAUAAAAUUCACUCACGCCUUUUUGCCACCCACUAAAGACCUUCCCUUUCCAACAAGCCUUUUAAAUGCAGAUCUUGAUAUUGUUGUUCCUAUAAAUGAGAUUGUUCUUAAUUGCUUGUGUCUUUAAUUGGCCAAUUGCUUCGAGGUGUUUCCUAGGAAAGGAUUCCUUUAUGGAAGCAUAUAAACAGCAUGCACACGGGACCUUCAUGCAUCGGCUCAGUCCUGGGUCAAAUCGCUCCUCCUGGAAAGCAGGAUCUUUGGGGUCCGGUGGGGAGGAGAAGACCCUGGAGAUGCCAACCUAAUCACUUGCCCUUCUUGCCUCCACAGGCCCAGGCAGAUGCAGCCCCCAAGGCGCCAGCCUCCAUCCCUGCUCCGCUCCCUGCCCUCGUUGUGCCAUCAGCUCCUCCAGCUUCUCCCGCAGAGAAGGCCGAGCCACCCAAGACAGCAGGUAACACAAUCCAGAGGUGACAAAAAGCCUUCAGUGUGGCACCAGAGGCUCGCAAUGCAAGCUUCAACAGUGCCGAGAUGUCAUGUAGCUUUGUGGCUUAGGGCCCUCUUAUCUACGGGACUGCCUCUCCUGGUCUGCCCCGCAGAAGACCUUAAGGUCCAUGAAUAACCAUAGUUUAGAGGUCCCUAAGGAAGUCAGACUAUCCUCCACCAGGGCCAGGGCCUUUUCAGUGAUGGCUCCGACCUGGUGGAAUGCUCUGUCCCAUGAGACCAGGGCCCUGCAGGAUUUAACCUCCUUGCAUCAGGCCUGGAAGACAGAGCUAUUCCACCUGGCCUUUAAUUUGAAUUCAGCCUGAUCUUUUAUUUCCCUUUUCUUCCCCUUUUAUGAAGAUCACCCGCUCUGAGACCCCACAGCUAAUUCUCCUUUGGCCCAAGUAGGACCAAUUCAGCCAGCUAGCCCUGGGGAUUAUCUAAUUGAUUUUUUAUUUUUAUUGUUAUUCAUGUUUUUAUACUGUAUUUUAUGCUGCUUUUAUAAUUAAGUGUUUUAAAUUUGUUGUUAGCUGCCCUGAGCCCGGUUUUUGAACCGGGAAGGGCGGGAUAUAAAUAAAAAAAUAUUAUUAUUAUUAUCUAGAGAGAGAUUGUAGAGUUGGAGGAGGUUCAGAAAACGGGAUGGACCUCUAAGAAGAACAGUUACAGCGUCUGGGAGUUUUUAGCUUGCAGAAAAGACGAGGAAAAGAAGACAUGAUAGAAGGUUUACAAAAUCAUGCAGGGCAUGGAGACAGGGGAGAGAGAGGAAAGCUUUCCUUCCUCUCUCAUAACGCUAGAAUUCAUGAGAAGCUGAACGUUGGAAGAUUUAGGUCUGAUAAAAGAAACUCACACCGCACAGAAUCGAACUAUGGACCUCACUCCCACAGGAGGCGGUGAUUAGACAGAGGGCUAGCCCUUAUUGUCAACAUGUGCAAACACAUCGUGAGAUCUAGAGGCUUGAUUUUUGUGUUUUGUUUUGCAUUCUCCGCAGCUGACGCACGAGAUAACGCGCAGAGUGCAUUAUUGUGCAGCUUACGCUCUGAAUUCACUUCUCCCUCUUUCUUUCCUUUCCAGCCCUGCCAGUCUUGUACCCGAACCUCACGGACUUAAAUGAUUACAUGGGCCUCUCUCUCUCCAGUGAGGAGGUCCAAAAGAAUCUGGAACUUGCCCCGGCAGGCGGAAACGUAAGCAUUUCUGAGGGUCAUCUGCAACAGCUUUUCAUUUGUCGGUUGCAUUUGCAGAAUCCCUGUGUGCAGUAGCAUUCUGCCAGGACCUGCCUAUCUCUAACUCUUGGAUAAAUCUGCCGUCCAGCGCGUUUCCCCUGGGCCAAACUCUCUAGAAAACGACCUAGGCAGAGGUGCAGAGUUGCAGCGGUUGCCUUCCGUGUGAGAAGAAGAAGUAAAAAGUCCAGAGACUGUUUCUUCUACAGUGGUGCCCCGCAAGACGAAUGCCUCGCAAGACGAAAAACUUGCUAGACGAAAGAGUUUUCCGUUUUUUGAGUCAUUCCGCAAGACGAAUUUCCCUAUGGGCUUGCUUCGCAAGACGAAACGUCUUGCGAGUUCGUUUCCUUUUUCUUAAAGCCGCUAAGCCGUUAAUAGCCGCUAAGCCGCUAAGCCGUUAAUAGCCGCUAAGCCGCUAAUAGCCGUGCUUCGCAAGAUGAAAAAUCCGCAAGACGAAGAGACUCGCGGAACGGAUUAAUUUCGUCUUGCGAGGCACCACUGUAUCUCUAAAAGCGUUUAUUUACAGCCAUAAAUCAGUCCACAAAAACCAUCACAACUUGGAGACAUUCUCUCAGUGCCGGAGCACAAAAGACACGCUCUGUGUAUCUCAGCGUCUCAGCCUAAACUGAAAGUACCGUAUUUUUUGCUCUAUAAGGCUCACUUUUUCCCUCCUAAAAAGUACGGGGAAAUGUGUGAGCGUCUUAUGGAGCGAAUGCAGGCUGCGCAGCUAUCCCAGAAGCCAGAACAGCAAGAGGGAUCGCUGGUUUCACUGCGCAGCGAUCCCUCUUGCUGUUCUGGCUUCUGAGAUUCAGAAUAUUUUUUUUCUUGUUUUCCUCCUCCAAAAACUAGGUGCGUCUUGUGGUCUGGUGCGUCUUAUAGUGCGAAAAAUACGGUAACUCACAGACAAAGAACUGUGACGCACAGCUUCACGUGGUAGCUCCUCCCAGAUACAGGACACCACUGGAGGUUAACCCUAUAACCACCAUACUCCACACUAACUCUGGGGUGGAGAACCUUCUCCACCAAAGGGCCACAUCCCCCUCUGUGUAACCUUGCCAGGGCCACAUGCCAAGGGUGGGUGGGAACAGAGUCAAAAGUGAGUGGAGCAAUGAAGGGGAAUAGCAGCAGUGUUGCAUAGUGGUUAGAGUGUUGGCCUAGGACCAGGGAGACCUGGGUUCAAAUCCCUGCUCCAUCCUGAAACUCAUUGGGUGACCUUUAACGGCGGCCUCAGAUCCUGGUGAGUCUUUGAUUUCCCACCAUGACAUUAUCUUGCUGAGUCAGUCGGAGGAAGAUAGAAAGCUGCCUUCUGCUGAGUCUGGACCGCUGGUCCACUUAGCUCAGUAUUGUCUACUCGGACUGGCAGCAGCUCUCCAGGUUUUCAGAGAUCCCCAACCCUAUGGGGAGAUGCUGGGAAUUAAACAAGGGCCUUUCUGCAUGCAAAGCGGGUGCUCUAACCACUGAGCCAUGCUGCUUUUCUAGGAAUGCAAAUUUGUACAGUGAUCCAAUGAAAGGCUGUUCUGGAACUAGGAUAGCCAGGUCAGGAGCAUUGCAGACCCUGAGAUUUCAGUGACCUAGAAGUGACCUUUGGUGAUUCUCCUUCUGUGCUACCUCCCACCGCUGAGCCUUGGAGAUGGAGGUUAAUUGGGAGAUGGGAGGAGGAUAGACGCCCGAGCUAAAGCUUGCAGGCUUCACACAUUGAAUGGAUAUUCAAGCCCUCUGCCUGCCACCAGGAGGCAGGCAGGCCAACCUGGAGAUUUCAGGAUAGCCCUGGACUUCAGGAAACUUUAUCAGGAAUGUCCCUACCACAUAGGACAGGCUUCCUCAACUUCGGCCCUCCAGAUGUUUUUUGGCCUACAACUCCCAUGAUCCCUAGCUAGCAGGACCAGUGGUCAGGGAUGAUGGGAAUUGUAGUCUCAAAACAUAAUGUGGAGAAUGAACCAGCCGCAUUAUCCAGUGUGUGCGUGGGUGAAAAUUAAAUUGACUGUUCCACAACUUGGGUUCUUUGGCAGGCUGUGACCUCAGCGCCCACCGCAUCGGGCUUGGUGGUUGCCCCUGUGACGGGAAGCGACCUGGGGAUUCGUCGGGCGGAGAUCAAGCCCGGCUUGCGGGAGGUUCACCUCUGCAAGGACGAGCGCGGUAAGACGGGACUGAAGCUGAGGAACAUUGAUAAGGUGAGUUCUGAGAUUAGGACUUUCCGAGGCAGGAAGAGCCAGAGAGUGCUACUGGAUGAAGCCAAAGGCCCAUCUAAUCCAGCCUUGCGGUUUUUACAGUGGCCGUGUCUGGGUCAGCGUUCUUUGUUGUUGUUUAGUCGUUUAGUCGUGUCUGCCUCUUCGUGACCCCCUGGACCAGAGCACGCCAGGCACUCCUGUCUUCCACUGCCUCCUGCAGUUUGGUCAAACUCAUGCUGGUAGCUUCGAGAACACUGUCCCACCAUCUCGUCCUCUGUUGUCCCCUUCUCCUUGCGCCUUCCAUCUUUCCCAACAUCAGGGUCUUUUCCAGGGAGUCUUCUCUUCCCAUGAGGUGGCCAAGACUGCCUUGAGACAGUCUUUAAACCUCUUUUGUUGACCACCAGCAUUACACUUUCCCUUUUUAAGUUCGGAAUAGAGUAGUUGCUUUGGAAGACAAUCAUCAGGCAUCCACACAACAUGACCAGUCCAAUGAAGUUGAUGUUGAAGAAUCAUUGCUUCAACACUGGUGAUCUUUGCUUCUUCCAGUACACUGGUAUUCGUUCGCCUGUCUUCCCAAGUGAUGUGUAAAUUUUUUUGGAGACACCGUUGAUGGAAUCUUUUGAGGAGUUGGAGAUGGCGUUUAUAAGUGGUCCAUGUUUAUGAUGCCAAUCAGCCCAGCUGUUGGGUGCCCAGGCCAUCAACUCCCUCCCCUUCUGAGAGGUGUGGGACUGGCUUCCUUGAAAUCCCAUCUCACCUGCUGCCCAGGGACGCCUGCCUCUGGGCUCUAGGCGGACGUGGCUCUUUCCUUGCUGGUCUCGUUUUAGAAAUCAAGUAUGUCGGUUUUCACCAGCCCAAUGUCUUCUGCAGGGCUUGUUUGUGCAGCUGGUCAAGGCCAACUCCCCGGCUUCUCUGGUGGGUCUGCGCUUUGGAGAUCAGAUCCUGCAGAUCGACGGGAAGGAUUGCGCAGGCUGGAACACGGACAAGGCUAAGCGGGCGCUGAAGAAAGCCUCUCCGGAGAAAAUCGUCAUGGUGGUCCGGGACAGGUGAGGAACAGGAAGUGGCCGUGGUUAUCUGAGUCAUUUUAUCACCCUGAAGGGCUGCAUUUCCUAAGCCCCAAGAACUGCCUUUAAUAUUAAGGAUGCUCAUAAAAUGCAAGAUGCAGGGGCUUCUGCUCUGCUUGCCUUUUCAGGAAUGCCGUACUGUUCUAUCCAUAAGAUGAGGGUUUUUAAUUAAAAAAUUAGCUUUAAAAUUAUCUCUUGUCUUAUACAUGGGUAGGGACGCGGGUGGUGCUGUGGGUUAAACCACAGAGCCUAGGACUUGCCAAUCAGAAGGGCAGCGGUUUGAAUCCCCGCGAUGGGGUGAGCUCCCGUUGCUCGGUCCCUGCUCCUGCCAACCUAGCAGUUUGAAAGCACGUCAAAGUGCAAGUAGAUAAAUAGGUACCGCUCCGGCGGGAAGGUAAACGGUGUUUCCGUGUGCUGCUCUGGUUCGCCAGAAGCGGCUUAGUCAUGCUGGCCACAUGACCCGGAAUUUGUACGCCGGCUCCCUCGGCCAAGAAAGCGAGAUGAGCGCCUCAACCCCAGUGUUGGCCAUGACUGGACCUAAUGGUCAGGGGUCCCUUUACCUUUACCUUAUACAUGGGUAGUGCAGAGGUGGGUUGGACGAUGGGUCGCAGUGGCAAGCGGGAGAUUCUCAGUGGCGAUAUUGCGGGUGAUUGGUGGCUGUGAGAAGGGCUGCAGGUGAUUGGCUGCCGCUACGGCAAUAGGGCCGCAUGUCUUCAGCGACAUGUGCAAUUGUCAAUGGCAAGUGGUUUUCGGCAAUCAACAACUCUGGGCUAUCCUCCCCAUUUUCUUGAUUCGGAGUUCCCAAAAAUAGGGGGUGUCUUAUAGAUGGAAAAAUACAGUAUAUCUAAAAAUAUAGGAAAGGGGUUGAAAAUAACACCCAGCCAUAUGCUAAUGGCUUCCAGGCUCAAAGGCCUGGUUUUUUGGAGACUGGAAAUGGCUAAGAACGGUGUAUGCUCUUUUUCCCGGCAACUCAAUCAGAAAGGUGGGAUACAAAGAGUAAAAUGAUAAUUGUGAAGGCGGUAAGGUCCUUUGUUGAGUGUCUGGAGGCAGUUGGAGGAUGGAUGGCGGCUAACAGAUUGAGGUUGAAUCCUGACAAGACAGAAGUACUGCUCUUGGGGGACAGGAGACGGGCAGGUGUGGAGGACUCCCUGGUCCUGAAUGGGGUAACUGUGCCCCUGAAGGACCAGGUGCGCAGCCUGGAAGGCAUUCUGGACUCUCAGCUGUCCAUGGAGGCGCAGGUCAAUUCUGUGUCCAGGGCAGCUGUUUACCAGCUCCAUCUGGUACGCAGGCUGAGACCCUACCUGCCCACAGACUGUCUCACCAGAGUGGUGCAUGCUCUGGUUAUCUCCCGCUUGGACUACUGCAAUGUGCUCUACGUGGGGCUACCUUUGAAGGUGACCCGGAAACUGCAAUUAAUCCAGAAUGCGGCAGCUAGACUGGUGACUGGGAGAGGCCACCGGGACAACAUAACACCAGUCUUGAAAGACCUACAUUGGCUCCCAGUACGUUUCUGAGCACAAUUCAAAGUGUUGGUACUGACCUUUAAAGCCCUAAACGGACUCGGUCCAGUAUACCUGAAGGAGCAUCUCCACCCCCAUCAUUCUGCCCGGACACUGAGGUCCAGCUCCGAGGGCCUUCUGGCAGUUCCCUCAUUGUGAGAAGUGAGGUUACAGGGAACCAGGCAGAGGGCCUUCUCAGUAGUGGUGCCCGCCCUGUGGAACGCCCUCCCACCAGAUGUCAAGGAAAUAAGCAACUCUCUUAUCUUUAAAAGACAUCUAAAGGCAGCCCUGUAUAGGGAAGUUUUUAAUAUUUAACGCUGUAUUGUUUUUAACACUUGAUUAGGAGCCGCCCAGAGUUGCUAGGGAAACUCAACCAAAUGGGCGGGGUAUAAAUAAUAAAUUAUUAUUAUUAUUAUUAUUAUUAUUUAUGAUGUGAUAUGCUAUUACAUGACUUUAACAUUAUAAUCUUUGCUCGGUAGGCCUUUCCAGCGCACAGUGACAAUGCACAAGGACAGCAUGGGCCACGUGGGCUUCAUCGUCAAGAAAGGGCAAGUCAACUCGCUUGCCAAAGGCAGCUCUGCGGCUCGGAACGGGCUCCUCAUCAACCAUUACAUCUGUGAGGUGAACGGGCAGAAUGUCAUUGGCCUGAGGGUAAGGACUCUUGUGUGAAAGGGGCAGUGGAGCAAAGGGUGCUGCGGAGAGCUCUGUGGAGCCACGCAAAUUUCGGGCUGCGUUCAAAUCCUUAAAAGCUGGAAACUUGCUUUUAAAAGACCAAAACAACUCAAUCAAAAAAUCCAAGCUGUCUUCUGCACCCAGUCCCCAAAUCCAGAUGUAGCCGUGCCCAUUCCUCUCUGUGCUCUACUGUGACUGUGUCAAUAUUAUUACGUUCAUUUGCAAGUCCUCUGUUUUGCGCAGCAUCUAGCAUUCUUUGGGCACCUAUACAAGUCCACACUUUCUGCCUGGUUUUGUUUGGAACGGAUGGGUUAGAGGAGGGUUUGGAGGAGAGAUUUCAAGAGCAGGGAGAAAGUGUUGGCUGGCAUAAAAUACCAUAUUUUUUGCUCUAUAAGACUCACUUUUCUCCUCCUAAAAAGUAAGAGGAAAUGUGUGUGCGUCUUGUGGAGCGAAUGCAGGCUGCGCAGCUAUCCCAGAAGCCAGAACAGCAAGAGGGAUUGCUGCUUUCACUGCGCAGUGAUCCCUCUUGCUGUUCUGGCUUCUGAGAUUCAGAAUAUUUUUUUUCUUGUUUUCCUCCUCCAAAAACUAGAUGCGUCUUGUGGUCUGGUGUGUCUUAUAGAGCGAAAAAUAUGGUGGUUCUUUUCUGGGGGGUGUCCAGGCAUGUGGGGCAGUGAGAAAGAGGGGGUCCAUUUAGGGUAAGCAAAGGAAAUCUCUGGCACGGGUUCGAGUCUGCCUCACAAAGCUUUCCACACCCGAGCCACAGUUAGAGCAGAGCUUUCCAAACUUUUCACGUUGGUGGCGCACUUUUGAGACAUGCAUCAUUUUGCGACACAGUAAUUCAGUUUUGCAUCAUUUCAUGAUACAGUCAUUCAGUUUUACUAUCAAACUGGAGGUUAAACUAACCCCUUUCCAGCCCCAGGAAAAGUGCAGGGAGAGUUGGUGCGGUAUAGCUACACACUGCUGCUGACACACUAACAUGUCACAACACACAGUUUGCAAAGCUCUGAUGUGGGGUGUAGUGCCAAUUCUUCCCUUUGAUGUUGGGUCACCCGACCUCAUGGUGACAUCGGGUGAUUGACAGGUGGGCAGGUUGAGCCUGCUUGCUUGUCAAAAGUGGCCUCUGGGAGAUCAUGGGGAGAGAGAGAGAUGGGAAUCUGGUCCACCAGCUAGAUCCUGUCCCCCACCCCAGAUUUAAAGGACUUGGGAAAAUUCUGGAUGGGCAAGGCUUAGUGGAGUUUGGGUGGCACAGGACAGAACAUACUGGGAUAUGAGGGGAGAAAGGUAAAAGGGGGGGGCAAGCACGGAUAGCUCAGUGGGUAGAGCGUGAGACUCUGAUUCUCAGGGUUGUGGGUUUGAGCCCCACUUUGGGCAAAAAAGAUUCCUGCAUUGCAGGGGGUUGGACUAGAUGACCCUUGUGAUCCUUUCCAACUUUCCAAUUCAAGAUCCUCCUUCAAAUAAUGUUGGGAUCUCCUGGCUUUGCUCUCUUUCCCCCAGGCAGCUGUCAGGGGCCUCAGACAACAGGGUGGCACAAGAAAAAAUGUCAUUUUUAAAUGGGUACAGGAAGGGGGGGGCUCCCUUGUGCAAUUCAGUAAAGUGGCAGCUCGCCCCAUCUUUGCUUUUUCAAUUUUUUAAAAUUGAUUUUCCAAAUUUAUUUAAACAAACAAACACAUCUUAAUUGUACUUAAUCCAAUCUUAGUAACAUUGUUAAGUGACUUCCUCAAAUCCCCCUGGCUGGAUUUCAGUGUAUAUCAUUGUAACAGUUUUCCAAAUUUUCUCAUAAAAUUAACUUAAUCACUUAACAUCUUUCUUUCUUUUCAUUUUAACUUUAAACAUGUUAUUCUCUAACAGUACAUAUUUAAAUCCCAAGCCUAUCUGGUAUUUGCAAGUUUUUCCCAAUUAAGUUAUCUUAACAUACCGUAUUUUUUGCACCAUAACAUUCACUUUUUUCCUCCUAGAAAGUAAGGGGAAAUGUCUGUGCGUGUUAUGGAGGGAAUGCCUACGGGUGGCAUGCCUACGGAUUUUCCUCCUCAAAAAACUACGUGUGUGUUAUGGUCGGGUGCGUGUUAUAGAGCGAAAAAUACGGCACUUAACUAAGUAGUCUUUGAAUUUCCUCCAUUCCUCCUGGUGGUACUCCUCCUGAUUGCGGACUCUUCCAGUCAGGUCGGCUAGCUCCGAAAAGUCCAUCAUCUUCAUCUGCCAUUCCUCCACUGUUGGGACUUCUUGUGUUUUCCAAUUCUUAGCUAACAAAAUUCUAGCUGCAGUUGUGGCAUACAAAAACAGUCUAACAUCUUUCUUGGGCAAUUCCAAACCUGUUAUUCCAUCUUUGAGCAACCUUCUUCUUGAACUCUUCCUUCUCAAGGACAAGGAGAUCACAGAGGUCCUCACCAACGCCGGCAACAUCAUCACUCUGACCAUUGUCCCUGCCGUGAUCUAUGAACACAUGGUCAAAAAGUGAGUGUGGCCUGGAGUUGGGUGGUGGUGGUGGGCAGAACGGCUAAGUGAGUGAGCUGAGAAAUCCGUAGCUCACCCCAGCUGGGAACUCGCUGCCACAGAGAUGAAGAAUCUGUGGCUUUAGAUCUUGAGAACAUCAGAAGGGUUUGCUGGACCAGACCCAUCAAGUCCAGGAUCCUGUUCUCACAGUGGCCAACCCAAUACCUUUGGGAAACUAGGAAGCAGGACAUGGGUACAAGAGCAUCUCUCUCUUCCUGUGGUUUUCCAGCCACUGGCAUUCAGAAGCGUUGCUGCCUCUGUGGAGUCCAAGCCGAGCCAUAAUGGCUAGCAGCAACCAAUAGCCCUCUCCCCCUCCAUGAAUUUGGCCAAUCCUCUUUUAAAGCCAUCUAAAUAGGUGGCUACCUCCUGUGGGUGGGGUUCCAUAGUCUAAUCAUGCACCGGAUGAAGAAUUACUUUAUCUACUCUGAAUGUUCCGGGACCUUGUUGGAGUCCAAGCUUCCAUCAUCUCUGAACGUUGGCCACCAUGGCUGGGAUUUGAUGUGAGUUGGAGUCCAGCAAUCUCCAGGGGGCCACAUAUUCCCCCAGCCCUGUGCUAGACAAGUCACAUAAGCUCCCAGUCUCUGUUGUCCACCUUGAACAUAUAUGUAAGAACGCAAGGAGAGCCCAGAUCAAGGGUCAAUGUAGUCCAGCAUCCUGUUCCCAACAGCAGUCAGCCAGAGGCCUUUGGAAAGUCCAGAAGCAGGGCAUGAUGGCAACACUCAUCCAUUUUUGACCCUUAGCAAAUGGCAUUCUGAGACAGAUUGCCUCUGAACCUGGAGGCUACAUUUAUAUAGAAUGGCUGAAGGGCCCAACCACCAUGAAUUUGUCUGUUCUUCUUUUAAGAGUCACCUAAUGGCUAGGGACACGGGUGGCGCUGUGGGGCUUGCCGAUCAGAAGGUCGGCGGUUCGAAUCCCUGCGACGGGGUGAGCUCCCGUUGCUCGGUCCCUGCUCCUGCCCACCUAGCAGUUCGAAAGCACGUCAAAGUGCAAGUAGAUAAAUAGGUACCGCUCUGGCAGGAAGGUAAACGGCGUUUCCGUGCACUGCUCUGGUUCGCCAGAAGCGGCUUAGUCAUGCUGGCCACAUGACCCGGAAGAUGUACGCAGGCUUCCUCGGCUAAUAAAGCGAGAUGAGCGCCACAACCCCAGAGUCGGCCACGGCUGGACCUAACGGUCAGGGGUCCCUUUACCUUUAAGGUCAUGGCAGGCACCACAUCAGUGGCAGGAAGCAAUGCAAUCUAAUAAUGAGUUAUGAAAAAGAAUACUUCCUUCUGGCUCUCCCAUCGCUAGUCAAUUUAACUAAGUGACUUUAACUUCUAGUAUUACUCAGGUGGGAGAGGAGGAAAAGACUUUUGUGGCCUUAGCUGUACAGCUGAAUUUUGCAGAGAGUAUUUUGACCUCUUUUAAAGGGCUCUUGCAACACCCGGGCUGAUUCCUGUUCCUUCUGUCUCCUAAGGCUUUCGAGUGGGCUGGCGAAAUCUUCCAUGGACCGUUCAGUUCCUGAUGUUUAAAAUUGCUCAAGACUUCCCCGCCUUCCACCGUCUCUCUCUUCCGGGAUGAAAUACACCACAGAUGACUCCUCCAGAACCCUUUCAGUCUCACUGGAGAAUAAUCAAGAGGUGCAGAAAGAUAAAUCAAUUCCUUGAAGCUUUCAGUUAUUCUUUAAGGACUGUGAGGUCUCCAGAGAUUUGAUGGGGACAUAGUGGAGUUUACUGCAUUCCUGGGUGAUUCUUACCUCCAUGAGGAAGUGAAGCAGCCAAUUCUCUGAUCUUCAUAGCUUAAAUGUAAACCGAAGAAACUCAACCUGCCCUUCUGCUGCCUAUUCAGACAACCAAAUCAGACCUGGGUGCCUUUCUAUUUAGCAGAAUAGCCAGCCUCAGGCUUGCAUAGCUUUAACACCAGAACCACUGUGGUCCAGCAAAGUGUUCCAAAUUUACAAAGCAAACAGCCUGACUCUCUUAGGGAAACACUAGCCUGUGUUAAGUGAUGCCAACAGUGCGCUCUUGUUUAAGCACAUUGGACAUGAUUGCAGGGCCACCUCGAUCGGUGCCAGAAUGAAAGAGUGCCUGCUUUGAAUGCCAUGUUGGAAAGAGAGCAGGGAUAUAAAUGCAAUAAAUGCACUAAAGUCAAUACUUCAUAGAGAUUCGAGCAUGUACUGGAAAUGAAGGUUUGCACAAUUAAAGUAGAUUAACGUGCUCUGUUGCAACAAAUCCACUUAAGACAGGACUGGUUGCGAUUAACAGAGCGAUGGGGCAAUGCACUGAAAACAGCGCGAGAUGAAUGAAUGAUCAGUGGGAAGAUGUAUCCACACCCUGCAAGCAAACCAGGAUGAAUGCUUGUUGUUGUACAGCUUCUCUGCAAUCAAAGCAGAACAAAUAAAGGCUGGAUGUGGUCAAACUUCUGUGUAAGCUUGGGCCAAGCCUGCUGGGACGAACACUCCAUGAACAGGCAAUCUGAAGAUUAAAAUCAAUCUAGGCAGUGUCUGGCACAACCAGAGCCCACAGUUCACCCAAGCUAACAUACUUUGGAUGAAUCCUAGGAGUUAGCAGGCUGGUAGCUGGCCAGUGGUCCACCGGUGGAUUGCAGUCUUAGCUUCCACCCAUCCUUUGAGUCUUGGCUGUGUACAGAAGGAGGGUUUGCUACCUCCAAGUGCCCCUGUGCUUUUUGUUGCAUGUUUGCUGCAGGAUAUUGAACAAUGAUAGUUGCUCAUGGGCAUAGCUGUCAACUUACAGAUUUGAAAAUAAGGGACCAGCAGCCUCGAAAAUAAGGGACCAGCAGCCAAAAUAAGGGAUUUUGCUUAGUUUAUGCAGAAAUCCGGCACUGAUGGAGCCAUGCUGCUUUUGCUGCGACUGACUGUGUUUUGCAGGGGGUUGGACUAGAUGAUCCUAAGGGUCUACAACUCCCACCAAAGAAGAGGGGCAGACAAAACUGAUGAACGACGUCCAGAUGGCAAAGCUUACAGGCAGAAUUAGAAACCAGGAAGAGGAUCUCUUUAAUAAAGAAUGGGGAAAGUUUAUAAUUUAGUUGAAAAGCUGUUGUAAAGAGUUACAUACAUUGGUAGGAUUGACAGAAAACUUGCAGUAAAAAUUUGAACUAUGGAUGGACAAAUGAUUUAUAAAAAAAGAGUUAUGAAAGGGAUGCAGAGGGGGAAAUCACUACAUUAAGAUGCUGCACUGGUUGGAGGGUAUGCUAAGCAGCACGUCGGGGCUGCCGUCGUCCUGGCGCGAGGAGUUCCAUCGGCCCUUCCCUGCCCAAGAGAGAGGGAGGGAGGGAGACUCUUGCCCAUGCCGCCUGCAAGCCCGGCAUGAGGCGGUUGCGGCGCCGCUACGGCCACUGAAGCACCGCCGUUCUGCGUCCCUCCCCAUCCCCUCCUCUUCCUCCUCCCUCAGGCCGCCUCAGCCGCCGCCACUGCCGCCUCCGGCUUCCCCUGGCAUCGCGGCGGAAGUCUCGCAAGAGAGGGGCUGCCUGCCCGUGCGCCGCCACCUGUCUCCCCACAACGCGCCUCUGAGGGGGAAAAGGGAGAGACGGAGACGCGGCAGCUCGUGCACGCACUCUCUCGAGGCGGAGGACCCCGAGCCGCUGCUUCCCUCCCAAGCCGGGCAAGCAUGAAACCUGAGAAAUUUAACGGACAUCAUCCGGGACAGCAGCGGGAAAUGGCGCUGGGAUAAGGGAGUUUCCCGCCAAAUAAGGGACGGUUGACAGUUAUGCUCAUGGGGCAACUUGGCCCUUGGUUUGGUUUUGCUGCCCCUGGAAGCGAAGUCUGCCUCCUUCUCCCCCUCCCAGUUUCAGCCUCGACCAAUCAUGGAAAGCAAGACGCCUUUGGAGACUGAAACGACAUUUUAUUACAGCCACCAAACAGACAAAGGUUACAGGACAGUGGAAAUCAAAACCCAAGAAGAGUAUACAGCUUUUAAGUUCUGUAUUUAAAAAUAUAUUAUAUAGAUUUUUUUCUUCUUCUCUUUCAAA